CAAUCAGUAAGGCGUCAGCUCUGCUGCUCAAAUUGCGUUAGUCUGCCAUAUUCCCAGUGCGACUGCAUUGGUAUUGUCUCCUUGUUCUCUCUAUAAGUUUCUUGUUUCAGAAGUAUUGCAACAAUGUAUGGUCGGGAAAGAGGACCACCGCCACCUCCUCCACCUGGAAUGAUGCGUGGACCUCCACCGGAUUACAUGGACCGUGGACCCCGUGACUAUCCGCCCCGGGACAUCGACCGGAGGCGACCCCGCAGUCCACCGCCACCAAUGCAUGAGCGCGAUCGCUAUGGUCGUGGACGGAGUCCGCCGCCUAUUCCAAAGCGUUCGCGGCGGGAUGGCCCUUAUGAUCGGGAUUUCCACGAACCACCUUUUGGACGCGGGAGCCCAGAAUAUGACCGACGGCCACCUUCCCCUAAAGGUGCUUAUGAUGAGCGCGAAGCUUACGAGCGGCGAGGCUCUGUGGGCCGCGAAAGGCCUGAGGAGGAGAAGCGGCCAAUGACCUUUAAGGAAUUCACCUUGCGCAAGGUGCCGGACGAUGCAGCGCCCGACGUGGCACACCGGAUGUUCCAGGAGUAUCUUGUGGAGUAUUAUGGCAGUGCAAUUAAGGCCGAGUUCGAGCAAAACAAAGAUUCGGAUGUGUUUAAGUACCAGUUUGACCCGCGAUACUUCGCUAAGGUCGUGGCUAGCCGAGCAGAAGAGGCGCAGGACAGCGCUAAGCACAUAGCAGCGGAUGUGGCGUCAGGGGCUCUUGAUCCCAGUCACGAGAACUUCUGCCAGGGUAUGUACGACCUGGCGCCAAAAGUUGAGAAGGACAAGCAGCCUGGCAACGCAGAAGAGGGUCCGAAAUUUGCACCCAACUUGUGCUGGCGCAUGCCGCGCGUCGCACACGAUCUCGACCUCAGCCGGAAGCUGAUCCGCAAGCUUGACGCAGAGAAGGGCAUCGAGGAGAAUCCACUUAUACCCAAGCUCUCUGCUGGGGCGUCCGGUGGUGUAGCGUCAGCAGCUGACGGUGCUCCUGAAGGUGAUGGGGCGGGUGGCGACGCAGCAGCCCCUGCUAACGGUGGUGAGUCUGCCACUGACGGUCCACCGAACAAUCAGGGCGGCGGGGCCGUUACGACGACCGCAGUGCCAGCAGGCGGGACUGGUGACGAGGAGCCCGCCGUCGUUGUGAGCGAGGCCAAUUACACGGAUAGCAUUGGCAAGCUUGACCUGCAGCUCCACUGGCUUUGGAAGGUCCAUGGCGUGGAUUAUUAUGCUGGCAUCGAACUCAACGAGCAAGACUGGCCUUAUCGCCUCAACUGCUGUCGCCUUAUUCGUGGCCCGAAGCCUGAAGAGGGCGAGAGCGAGGAAGGCGCAGAGAAGGCAGAAAAGGAGAAAUUGACGCGUACAGUGGACGAGACUUGGAAGGCCCGUAUUGCGCAUGGCGACCCCAUUGAGGCAAAGUGCCUCAAAGCUCGGAUCGAGGAGGAGCUGGACAAGUGGAUCGAGUCUCAGGUUACCAUGGUGGCCGAUAACAAGUGGGGCUCGAAGCUGAGCAACAAGUUGUUUGUGGGUAAGAAAUAUGUCAUCAAGCACAUUAAGACGAAGCAUCAAGACAAGCUGGCAGCGGAGCGUGAACGGAUCUUGGAUAUGCUAUACUUUGAGAACUUCCGCACGUGGAAAGAGGAUGAGGAGAGACGCCGCUCGGAGGAAGAACAUCAUGCGGGGGAGCCCAUGGAGGGCGAGGGCGCCGGCAUGGAGGGCGAAGGUGGCUACAGUGGCCGCGGGCGCGGCCGGGGCGGCGUGUUAGGUGCACGCGGUCGGGGACGCGGGCCUGGCCGUGGCAUGAUGGGCCGGGGCCCCAUGAUGGGCAUGGAGGGCCCUAUGAUGGUGCCCAUGCCCAUGGCGCCAAUGUUCAUCCCGCCAGGACCCAUGGGACCGUUCAUGCCCAUAAUCCCAGGGCCAGUGCCCUUGCUGCCACCCGGGCCAAUUCCUAUUCGAGGCAGAGGUCCGCGGCCGUUGCGUGGGCGAGGUAUUCCUGGGCGCGGCAUGGGACCACCCAAGAUUGACCCGCGGGGCAUGCGUGAGUACUUUGACCUAGAUCACCCGGCGAACAACCGUGCAGUGCUGGACUAUGGGGAUCUGUAGUUGAACCGUUUUGCAGGACUAGUGCAUCGUUUUGCUGCAUGAUGUUGCACGCGCUUGUGACAUGUUUGUGGUAUGUGUCUGGGUAACUGGAAGUUACAGUAUGGUUUUGUGUUCCUAGGGCUGCCACGUCCCGCACAAGGGGUUGAUGUAUGUUGUAGUGCAUGCUUCUAACAGGGAUGCAACAGAGUAAGGGCGGUAGUGGUGAUAAAUCUUGCAGUGUUGGUAACAUCUGCUUCUAUCACGAAAUUUACAAUUUAUAAGACGGUUCGCAGCAUUGGAAGGAACUGCAGCCGUACAGCAAUGUGGCUACUUAUCUAGCGUUCCGCGAAGGUAGGUUAUUCUCAAUACAAUGCGUGCAAGAGAAAUCUCCUUUCAAGUGCACGCUGGUCUUUCAAGAGCAGGCGAGCGCGUUUGGUGUCCUCGUAUCGAUGGUCUGCGGUAAUGAGAAAUGGAGAAAUGGAUAAAGCCGGUGUGUUUUCUGCUAACUGGCGGGGCAAUUCUUACCGUGAUUGCCUCAAUAUGCUGGUUACAUUUCUGUAAGGCUAUGGAGCCGUGGUACCUGCGCCCGGACACCAUUGUGUUAUGCAGCGUCGGCUUCGGGAUGCAGUCUAACGUUGUGCGAGUAAGAAAUGUACCUGUAAAAUUCUUGGCAAGUU